UAGACCAAUGGGAGCAAUUUAGCAGUUAUCAACUCUUUUAAAGAUGACACCUAACCGGCGCUGUGGUUGGCUGAUACUUAUCAACAACAAAUUUGCUUGAUAAUGACACAAUUAUCUUGUGCCCUAUUAGGCUGGGUCUAAUAUUCGAGUGGUGAAAUGACUAGUCGCAGCAGGCGAACGGCACUCGAGUGGAAUAAAGCCAAAGGCACCUUAUGACAUUGCCAUUCUGUAACCAGCUAGCGUUUGGGAAACCGCUCUCUAAAAUCUAACAUCUUUAGGCUUUGGAGGUAUUUUGCGCAAUUACUGGACAUUAAAAUGGAGGCUGGACAGAUUAAGCCUUCAACAUCUGUACCUUUUUCGUCUUCUCGGACCGCUUCCUUCAGCGUUGARGCUCUUAUAUCAAAACCGGACCAAAAAAACUCUAGUGUCAGCGACACUACACCAGCACAUCCAAGUAAUUUUUCAAUGGACAUGAUUUUGAAUASGCCAUCAUCAAAUGAAGAGGAUCUUGAAACCAAGUCAGAACAAUCAUCUCAAGACAGGAGGGACUCCAAAGAAUCUGAAGAAACAUCGACGGACUUUCCCUGGAUGCACUCAACGAGAUAUGACCCACCACCACGAAUCAGGUCACGGCUUAGUCCUUCUAAAUGCCAACUGAGGAAACACAAAGCAAACCGAAAACCAAGGACACCGUUCACAACAUCGCAACUACUCGCGCUGGAGAGGAAGUUUCGCCAAAAACAGUACCUGUCCAUUGCCGAAAGAGCUGAAUUUUCAGCAUCGUUAAACCUCACAGAAACACAAGUUAAAAUAUGGUUUCAAAAUCGAAGAGCAAAAGCAAAGAGGCUUCAUGAAGCAGAACUUGAGAAACUAAAACUCGCAGCGAAGCCAUACAUUCCUAGUGGGUUCUCGUCUACAAUGGGGAAUGUCUCGAUGUGCUGUGAUUCAUCUUGCAAUGGAACUUAUUCUUUACAGCCGUAUUCACAUCUUUCUUUACCUUCAUCGAACUACAGUCCGUCAAUGGGUCUAUUAUAUCGUUCACCUUAUGGAAUUCCACCAGGCUAUAGUGGUUUUAUGCAUCACUAACGCUCUUCGUUCAACAAUUGUUAAAAAGAGACGACAAAAACAAUGGAGAACUUUAUUUAAAUAUUGAAUUCCAUCCAUCUAUUAUAAAAUGGAAAGACACAGAGUAUAUGAAUGUCCUUAAAAAGGAAAGUAUUGUAACAUAUUUGUAUAUAAUUCUUGCACAACAUCGACUAUCUUUUAUCUGUUUUAUAUUGUGUUUUGGUAGUUUUUUUAUUCGUUUGCAAGACACGUACGGUUAAUCUAACAAUUAGAUUACCAUAGUUUUCGUAUGAAUAUAUGUUUAUUGUUCAUAGAUUUAUAGAGCUUAUUAAGAUAUAUUAUAUAUUUUGCUAGAGAGCACUUUAAUCAAUUAUUUCUUUGGCAAUGAAUUGGUGACAGAUUAUUUAAAUCCAUAACUAAGGACUGUUGAAUCACAAUAAAUUAAUACUUUGUUAAA